UUUGCCGACGAGUUGUGCGCGCCACCAACGUUCAAGUGUUGGUUUUAAAAUGGCGGCGAACAACAACAAGUAAACCGAACGGCACUAAAACAAGCUGCAGACGACACUAGCCCAGGGCUACAGACGACACUAUUUUCUUGUUAAGAACCCCAGGUUGGACUCCUCCGUUGCAGUGCAGACUGCAGUGGCACUUACUGACAGACUGACGUCCUACCGUACCUCACCUGCCUACCAGCAGGGCUAUGUAGUAGCUAGAAGCUGACACAUGUACAGUCACUACCCUGUGAAAGAACCAACUUGAACAAUGGAUUUCACUGAGGCGUACCCAGACCGCUGCUCCUCUGUUGGUGCUGUUGCUAGAGUAGGAGACAUCAAAUCACUGCAGCAGCUGAUAGCAAACGGAUCAUGUGUUGAUAUUCAUGAUAAUCGAGGCUGGACACCUCUACAUGAAGCAGCUAAUGCUAACCACUGUGACUGUGUGAAGAUACUACUGGAGCAUAUAGAAGAUGAAGAUGAUUUGAAUGUUAAAACCUGGGAAGGUGAAACUGCGCUGUUCUUUGCUGCACAUACUGGAAACAAGGAGAUGAUAGAGCAACUAAUACAUCAUGGAGCCAAGCUAGACAUAUGCAACCAAAGUGAAAUCUACCCACUUCAUAAAGCUGUGGCAGGCAACCAUAAAGAGUGUGUUGAGUUGCUUCUCCAGAAAAGAGCUGAUGUGAACUGUACUCAGUGGAACGGCUGGUCAUCACUCCAUGAGGCAGCCUAUCAAGGAUUUGCAGAUAUCCUCUGCAUUUUGUUGAAAUCUGGCGCCAAGACUGAUGUUAAAGAUGACUAUGGUAUUGCACCGGUGUUCACUGCAGCACAGUAUGGGCACCUGGACUGCUUGAAGCUUCUAAUCAAACAUGGUUCGAAUCCCAACUCAGCUGCUUCUGAUGGUGCAACCCCAUUGUAUAUAACCACACAGGAAAACUACCCAGAAUGCGUGGAGUAUUUGCUUGAGCAUGGUGCUUCGGCAAUGAUUCCAGUAUGUACUGAAAGUGCAGUAUUGGCACCCAUUCACGUUGCUGCUGACAAAAGUCAUGUUAGGUGUCUGGAGCUACUUAUACCCAAAAGUAUAGAAAUACUGGAGACUGUUACUUAUGGCAAGACUGAACAACCACACACCCCAAUGCAUUUUGCCGCAAUGAAAGGUCACACGGAGGUCGUCCGAGCCCUUCUCAAAGCAGGAUGCGAUCCUGACUUUGGCCUCAAGAUUACUUCGGAAGAUGUUAAAAGUAGAUGCUGGGACAUUUCACAUCUUGUGUGUUCAGUAGCAAUGGAUCGUAAACACUUUGACAUGGCUAAGUUGCUGUUGGACUCUGGUGCUGUUGUGUGUAGUCGACUGGGUGGUUACUGCAUUAUCAGAGGCUGUGAAGAAGAUGUACCAUCCCUGAAAUUUCUUCUAGAUUACGGUGUGGAUCUUGGAUGUUCCCACAUGAGAUUUGUAUACCUACCGGAUGAUCUUGAAUAUGCCAAUUUACUUUUGAAAUCAGGGAAGCGUUGGAGACUUGACUGUUUGGACCAAACUGGUUUUUGUAGCCAGGACUGGAUCCGUUAUUCAAGGCGUAGAAGUACAUGGCUGAAAAUGAUGAAGCUGGUGUACAACUAUGUGGACAGACUCAGACUGUGUAAACACAACAUCCAGUAUAUACAAGACCACAGAGAGUUGAAUGAAGUACUUGAAUUAGCAGGAAAGCCACACACUCUGUACCAUCUCUGUAGAGUUGCAAUCACAGAGCAUUUAGGAACGGUGUGUGCCACAAAGAUCAUCCCCAAGAUGGAUUUCCUUCCAAAGCUGGUCAGGGAUUAUCUCCUCUAUGAUGAUGUAACUUUGCCAAGCACUACAGAAAUUACCCCUCCUACUCUUGGUUACAUUAUCCAGUGAGUGGACCAUCCAUUUGAAAUCUUUCAACUGUGUGGGUUUUGUGUGCGGUGGCACUACUGUGCACAGUACUAACUUUGUGUACCAUGCGGCACCACGUGGUAUCAUGUUGCAGGCUGGCAUAGUUUAUGUACCAUUCAACGCCACACUGGAUGACAUUGAAUGGUCAGACAGUGAGAGGGUUGACUGUGUACUGUGUAGAUGCAGUCACCACAUGGUAUCAUGUUGCAGGCUGGCAUAGUUUAUGUACCAUUUAAAGCCACACUGGAUGACAUUGGAUGGUCAGACAGUGAGAGGGUUGACUGUGUACUGUGUAGAUGCAGUCACCACAUGGUAUCAUGUUGCAGGCUGGCAUAGUUUAUGUACCAUUCAAUGCCCCACUGGAUGACAUUGAAUGGUCAGACAGUGAGAGGGUUGAUAUCAUUCAACACCUCAUUGGAUGAAAUUGAAUGGUCAGACAGUAGGAGGGUUGACAGUGUACUUUGAAGAUGAGGCCACAACUUGAUGUCAUAUACUAGGCUGCAUAUCAUUCAACACUACAUUGGAUGACAUUGAAUGGUCAGACAGUGAGAGGGUUGAUAUCAUUCAACACCACAUUCGAUGAAAUUGAAUGUUCAGACAGUAGGAGGGUUGACAGUGUACUGUGAAGAUGAGGCCACAACUUGAUAUCGUAUUGCAGGCUGGCAUAUCAUUCAACACUACAUUGGAUGAUAUUGAAUGGUCAGACAGUAGGAGGGUUGACUGUGCACGUUGCAGAUGCAUUCACUACAUGAUAUCAUCACGUCAGUGCAAUUAUCUUGAAUCUUGGUUCGAUGUCUAUUGGUUUAUGUGUAUCUAUGCGGGUUAUUUUAAGCCUGAAGCAACUCAAGUGUAGGGUAUUCUGUUUGAAACGUCGAGACCACACUGGCUUUUUUCAGAGCCAACACACCCACAACACAGGUUUACAAAUGAAUGUACCCGCAAGUUCACUAUUUAUUUAUUCUAUAUUUUGAUUGGCUGAAACACGGUCAUGUGGGGUGAACUAAUACAGUCACUAGUCUUUUAACUUUUGACUGCUUACAGCGCCCUCUCUUGAUGUGAAAUGAAUCGGGAGAAUAUGUGUUCCUUUCCAAGUGUCUUAUUUCACAUUUAAGACUGAGGUUCAUUUUCAAACACAUAUGGACUGGUAUAAUUAUGGGAAAAAGUACAAGAUUAUCCACCCUCGGGCCUGUGAGUGACCAGAUAUGGGACAUACUUCCCUCGACCUUCGGCUCGGAAAUAGGUUCCUCUUCUGGUCACUUAAGAGUCAAAGUCCCUUGGGGGAAAAGAAGUGCACUAUUGACCUAGUUACCAGUCAAUGUGUAUAUUAGUUUCAUCCCAUCAAGUGUAACAUAAUUAUAUUUUUGGGGGGUUCUGGCCAUUCACCACAUGAUCAUUCACAUUGCAGGCUGACAUAGUUUUUCUGUCAUUCAAAUUCACAGUGGAUGAUUCUGAAUAGUCAGACAGUAGGAGGGUUGACUGUGUAGAUGCAUUCAUCACAUCAUAUUGCAGGCUGGCUUAUUAAAGUCAUGCCUUGCCAUCUAUCAUGCCAUCUAUCAAUCAAAUACACAACACUACAGCAGAUGAUAUUGAAAUGGUCAGACAGUAGGAGGGUUGACUGUGUAGAUGCAUUCAUCACAUCAUAUUGCAGGCUGGCAUAUUAAAGUCAUGCCUUGCCAUCUAUCAUGCCAUCUAUCAAUCAAAUACACAGCACUACAGCAGAUGAUAUUAAAAUGGUCAGACAGUAGGAGGGUUGACUGUGUAGAUGCAUUCAUCACAUCAUAUUGAAGGCUGGCAUAUUAAAGUCAUGCCUUGCCAUCUAUC